AUGGCGCUUGCCCAAUGCCAGCCGGGAGUGUGGCAGGGCAUCCUGGUAAGCUUGGCGCCCUUCGUUCCACUAGAGGCCUUCCGAUGGCAGCUCCUCUCCAAGCGCAUCAGCGCGGAGCUGCUUUGGCCCCAGGUCUUCGAAGGCCUGGAUCUCACCGGCCGAUGCAUUGGCCCGGAGGGCGCCCUGGCUUUGAGCCGCCGACUUCCCAGAACCCAGCGGAAGCUCAGUCUCGACGUGAGCGAGUGCGGGCUGGGCCGCGAAGGGCUCCGGUACCUGGCAGAGGCCUUGCCGGAGACCCUCACAGCGCUGCAUCUGGAUGUUGGCCGCAACGGGCUAGAAGGCGCCGAUCUCGAGGUCCUGCUGCGGCGCUUGCCGGCAAAGGCCCAGCGGCUGGAGCUUGGCUUGGCCGCCUCUGGUCUGGGCCCACAGGGCGCAAGUGACUUGGCCGCCCGCCUGCCGCCCACUUUGAAGGAGCUAUUUCUUGAUCUCAGCUUUUGCCGCUGCGGGGAUGGCCUGCUGCAGGCUGUAGGGCAGCUGCCGCUGACACACCUGGAGCUGAAGUUGGUGUCCACCGGCUUGAGGCUGAGCGGCCUGAGGUCGUUGCCUCCCACCUUGCAAGAGCUUCGCCUGGACUUGGACCGCCUGGAGGAUGGCAGGUUCGCUUGGGAUUGGCCCCCCGGCCUGCGGGCGCUGGAGAUCACGUCUCCGGCGCUUGAUCUGCCGGCGCUGCUGCCGGCGCUGGCGGAGCUGCGGCUCCGGGACCUGCGCCUCGACGCGCCGAAAGAGGACCUUGAUGCCGGGGUCUUCUUUUGGCUGGGCCAGUGCCUGCCGCCUUGUCUAAAGCGUCUUGAGCUGGACUGCUUGGGCAGCCCAUCGGCCACAAAACUGUCUUUGCUCCUGCAGCAGCUGCCGUCAAACCUGACACAGCUGCGCCUGGAGUGCGGCCAAAGCCAGGGGGGCCAUCAGGACCCUUUGGCCAACGACUUGCCAAACCUGCGCGGCCUGACACACCUGGACCUGGGCCUGUCCGGCUGCAUCUCUGCGGCAGGGCUGGAGGCGCUGCUCCUGGCAGUGCCCGACGUGAGAGUCCUUCGGCUGGACGCCUACCGCAGCGAGUGGUCGAACCUGGCGAAGGGGGCGGCGCAGCUGGCCAAGCUUUCGUCGCUGUCGGACUUGGAGCUUUGCCUGGGCAUGUGCCCCAGGCUCGAAGAUGAGGACGUGGCUGCCAUCCUGCAGCACUUGCCCCCCUCGCUGCGGCGGCUGUCCCUGGACGUGAGCUCCACGGAGCUGCACCUGCCGGUGUCGCCGCAGCUUCCGGAGCUUUGUGAGUUGGAGCUGAAGCUGGGCCACACCAAGGCGCUUCCGCUGGCCGAGCCGUGGCUGGACCGCCCGCGUUUGCGGCGCCUGUGCCUAGACUUGCGUGGGGCCCAGGACUGCUUGGAGAUGCCAUGGCAGCCGGAGCUGCGGCACUUGAAGCUGGAGCUGCGCGGCUGCCCGGUAGGGCCCCCAGCGCUGCGCAGCCUGGGCCGGUCCUUCCAAAAGCUGUCGACUCUGGAGCUAGACUUUUGCCUUUGCGGCCUUGGCCUGGAGGGCAUCUCCACGCUCGCGGCGCAGCUGCCGGAGCGUUUGUCGCAGCUGUCCCUGGACUUGGGCAGCUGCGCCCUGGGCGACUCUGGCGCCGAAAUAUUGGCGAAGCAUAUGCCUCAGCGGCUUUCCCGCCUGAACCUGCAGCUGGGAAACACCGAGAUGAGCGAGAGUGGCCUGCUGGCCAUCGCCCGGGCACUGCCGAAGCAGCUGAGUCAGCUGCAGCUGGGCGUUGCCUAUUUGGCAGCCCAAAGCGACUGCCUCCUGAGCCUCAGCCCUUCGCUUCCCAAGUUCCUGGCGAAGUUGGUCUUGGACCUCCGCUGUUGCCGCGUCGGCACAAAGGGCCUGGCAGUUUUGGCCCACAGCUUGGGGCCCAACUUGGCGCAGCUGGAGCUGGACUUCCAGAAGUGCGAGCUGCCCACCGACGCGCGGCAAGGGUUCCUGGGAGCGCUUUUGGCCAAGCGGCUCCUUGGGAGCUCCACGCUGCGGUGGUGGAAGCAGCUGUCGCAGUACUCCUACUUCCAGAAGAAUUCCAUGCAGGCCAUCCCCAUGUGGAGCUACAAGGCGAGCGGCAGAGUCCUUUGUGGCCGUAAAUUUGACGUCCUGGCGACGCAUGCCGGGCUGACGUUGGUCCUGAUGGUGCGCAUGGUCUUCAUGCAUAUCAGGCUCAGGAGCUUUGUGGCUAAGAAGAGUGGGCUCAAAGGCGCCAUCUCACGCUUUGACCUGGAGACCGAAGACGACGAAAAGCCGGAGGAGCCUCGAAAGGCAGAGGCAGAGGUCCAGCUCAUCCAGCCAUUGGCGCAUCGGCAGAGGCGCUUCUACAAGCGUGCCAUGGCGGCAGCCGGCAAGCAGGAUGGCCUGAACUACAAGGACCUGGAAUAUGCUUUGCAGGAGGGCAAGUUGCAGGAGGCGGUGACACGAGCAGUCUACGCCACCUGCUUGGAAGGAGGCGGCACGCCCUUCACUGUGCGGGGCUCGGUCCGGGCCUUUGUCAAGGGCUGCGCGGCGACUCUCAGGGAGGUGCCCUCCGCCAAGUUGCCCGGGCACUCGGAGGCGGCGCCGGGCAGCCCAGAUUUGAGGGCUGGCAACACCUGCUCUCCACAGAUGAAACCCGGAGGGGUGAUGUGCCCAGAGGAGCGUGGCAUUCUCAGCGGAAACCAGCAGCCGCGGGUUGGUGAGCAGCUGGAGAUGUUGCAGAAUCAGACGGAGCGCAUGGCAGCUUCAGCCCAUGAGGGAUGGCAGGGCUGGGUGCCAUGCUCCUCCCAGGCAGAGCGAUCCUUGGAGAUCAGGUAUCACGCGGCCUGUGAUAGCAUGCCAGCGCCGGCCUUGGUGAAGCACGGAAACUGGUGGCGGCAGGAGUGGCCAUGGGAUGAAGAAAUCAAGAAAAGGAAGCUUACCGAGGAAGCGCAGGUCCCAUCAAUCUCUGACAAAUGGCGGCUGGUGGACUUGUUCUUGGAGUACAAGGGCCUGGUGACGCAGCACAUCGACUCGUACAACCACUUUGUGGGCGUGCGAAUGCAGCAGAUCGUCAAGGCGACCAGCAACAAUGUGGUGCGAAGCGAAUCUGACAAGAACUGGUUCCUGCGGUAUGAGAACAUCCGUGUGGGAAAGCCAUCGAAGACCGAAGACAUGGUGGUGUCAGAAACAAACCCACAUAUGUGCCGUUUGAGGGACUUGACCUACGCUGCUCCCAUCUUUGUAGAUGUGAUCUACUACAAGGGCGACCGUCGUCAUAUCCGGAAACGCGACCUUGAGAUCGGCAUGCUUCCAGUGAUGUUGCGCAGCAACCUGUGCGUUCUCAGUGGGAAGAGCAAAGAAGAAGAGGUAGUGGCCCUGGGUGAGUGCCCCUAUGACCCUGGAGGAUACUUCAUCGUGAAGGGGGUGGAGCGGGUGCUCAUGAUGCAGGAGCAGGCUCUCAUGAACCGGAUUGUCGUGGAGUACGACUCGAAGAAAGUACUCCAAGCCUUUGUUACUUCAUCCAGUGAAGACAACAAGAGCCGCACGGUCGUGGUAGCCAAUCCGCUGGCACGGAAGAAGGGUUUGUAUGUCAAGCACUCUUCGUUUGCAGAGCUCAUCCCGAUCUCCAUCCUCAUGAAGGCCAUGGGCGUGCAGAGUGACAUGGAGAUUGUUCAGAUGGUCGGCAUCGAGAGGAAAUACCUGGAUACCUUGAUGAUCUCCUUGCAAGAGUGCCACGAGAGGAACAUUUUCUCGCAGAAGGCUGCACUGGACUACCUGGCGGCAAAGAUCAAGGUCAGACCAGGACAGGAGCGGCGGCGCAAGGAAGACCCCAUGGACCUCAUUCAUAGACAAGUUUUGUCACACGUGGAGUGUCAGAACCAAAACCUGGCACCCAAGAUUCGCUACUUUGGCCUGAUGAUCCGCCGUGUAAUCAACGCCAUGUAUGACCCGCGCUUGGUGGAUGACAGAGAUUACUAUGGCAACAAGCGCUUGGAGCUAUCUGGGCAGCUGGUGGAGGUGCUUUUUGAGGACCAAUUCAAGAGCAUGAACUCCGAGUUGCAGAAGCAAGCCGACUUGCUCCUUUCCAAGUGGCACCAAUCUUCGGCAGCACGCGCCAAGGACAUGUCCUCGUAUCCUGAUAUCCUGGAGUCGUGGCAAGACCGAUCGCGACUCACAAGGGCGAUGGCCAAUGCAAUCUCAACCGGGAACUGGAACAUCAAGCGCUUCCGCAUCGACCGGGCAGGUGUCUCGCAGGUCUUGUCCAGGUUCUCCUACAUGUCCUGCGUGGGAUCCAUGAUGCGAGUGAAGUCGCAGUUCGAGAAAAGCAGGAAGGUUGCAGGCCCCCGAGCCCUGCAGCCGUCGCAGUGGGGGAUGCUUUGCCCAGCAGACACUCCAGAGGGGGAACAGUGCGGACUGGUCAAGCACCUGGCCUUGCUUACGCACGUGACUACAGGCGAAGGUCAAGGAGGAGCUGCCUUGCGGCAGAUGUGCUACUGUCUCGGGGUCGAGGACGCCCAUGCCAUGAGCGGCGAAGAGCUUCACCAUAUUGGGAACUACUUGGUGUUUCUCAACGGCAACCUGCUGGGUAUCCAUCGCAGGCCCAAGCGGUUCAUGGCCAGUCUGCAGCAGCUCAGGCGUCGAGGUUUGAUCGGGGAGUUUGUGUCCAUCUACGAGGACGAAGGCUGGCAUGCUAUCUUUGUAGCAUCGGAUGGGGGUCGCCUGUGCCGGCCCUUGAUCAUCGUUGCGGAUGGCAAGCCGCGCUUCAUCCCCGAGAAGCAUGUCCCCAUGAUGCUGAAGAGGCGCGAGGAGGGCCGCAUGUCCUUUGCGGACUUCCUGCAGCAGGGGGUAGUGGAGUGGGUGGAUGUGAAUGAGGAAAACAACCUCUUCAUCGCUUUGCAUCCCGAAGACAUCACUGCGGAGACGACUCAUUUGGAGAUCGAGCCCUUCACCUUGUUAGGCGUUGUGUCCGGCCUGAUCCCGUAUCCCAACCACAACCAGUCUCCACGCAACACCUACGAAUGCGCCAUGGGAAAGCAAGCGAUGGGCUGCAUCGCCAUGAAUCAGUUCACUCGCUCAGACACGCUUUUGUUGGGCCUGGUCUACCCCGAGAAGCCGCUUUGCGCCAGCAAGACCUUGAAUCUGGUGAACUUUCACCACCUGGGCGCUGGUCAGAAUGCCUCGGUGGCUGUGAUGAGCUACAGCGGCUACGACAUUGAGGAUGCCAUCAUCAUGAACAGAGCUGCUCUUGACCGCGGCUUCGGAAGGUGUUUUGUGAUGCGACGCCAGAGUGUGCAGAUGGUAGCUCACUCGGACGGCUCCACAGAUUUGCUGGCGCCACCUGCGAAGAACGACGGGAAGGCGGGCAGACGCGGCCACAAUGCCAGGCAGAGUGUUUUGGAUGACGAUGGUAUGGUUCGACCCGCUGAAAAGGUGGAGGAUGGGUUUUGCUUGGCCAACAAGAUCAGUCCGGUAGAUACCAAAGGAAUUCAAGAGUUCACCGGCGCCCACAUGAAGUACAAGUCAACGCCGGUGAACUACAAGAACCCAGUAUCUUCUUACAUUGAUCGUGUGCUGUUAACUACCGACGCAGAGGGUAUGAAAGUCUACAAGGUCAUUACUCGUCAAACGAGGCGGCCAGAGGUGGGCGACAAAUUUGCCUCGCGUCACGGUCAGAAAGGCGUGGUCGGCCUCAUAGUGCCGGAGCAGGACCUGCCUUUCUCAGAGACAGGAUGGAGGCCAGAUCUGAUCAUGAACCCGCACGGUUUUCCUUCUCGGAUGACUGUGGGGAAGAUGUUGGAGUGCAUUGGGUCGAAGGCCGCGGUGAUGGAAGGCCAGUUCGCCAACGGCUCCGCCUUUGGCGGCACCCCUGCGCAGGAGAUCUACAGGACUUUGAUCAGCCACGGCUUCGCGCCAACUGGCAAAGACUACCUGACCAGCGGCAUCACGGGGGAGCCCAUCGAAGCCUACAUUUUUUGCGGGCCGAUCUACUACCAGAAGUUGAAGCACAUGGUGGUCGACAAAAUGCACGCUCGCGCCCGCGGGCCGCGAAUGCUGCUCACGCGGCAACCCACUGAGGGUCGUGCCAAGGAGGGUGGACUUCGCUUGGGGGAAAUGGAGCGAGAUUGCUUGGUGGCCUACGGUGCCUCCAACCUUCUUUUGGAGCGCCUCAUGUUGUCCAGUGACGUUUGCAACCCCACGGUGUGCAGAAAAUGCGGCCUGUUCAGUCGGCCGGACUGGUGCAAGCUUUGCGGCAGCGCGGAGUGGGUGACUUCAGUGCGUUUGCCCUAUGCUUGCAAGCUGCUGUUCCAAGAGAUGCAGGCCAUGAACGUUUGCUGCAAGCUGCAGUUAGCUGAGCGAUGA